AGCAACAGUUGCCCUGGUGAGGACGAGGCGCCAUAGCCACGGUAGCCCUGGCGACAAGAACCCGGCAACGAGAAUCAACAACAACAACGACUGAAACGGCCAUAAAUUUAAAAGACGACAUUUUACCGCCAGGAAAAACACACGUGGAACCACAGGUGAAGUCCACACUGGGGACAUUUGACGUCCAUUACUAGAUGACAUGAAGUGCGCUUUUUUACCCUUGUUGUUUCUGUAGCCACAAUAGACAGCUGGAUUCUAUCACAUUACUCUUGAAGCUAACGAAAAUUUGUCGUGUGGCAUUUGCCGAGUGCGCCCACUCGUCUUUGGGUUGUCAGUGAAUUGUCUGCCUGCCUGCCUGCCUGCCGUGACGACGCAGCCAACGGAUGCUGCGGGCCGUUGUUAUGGCGAUGUCAAAAGCGAAAGGGUGAUCCCCCAACCUGUGUAAUGGCCACCUCAGGCUACGUCAGCGAGAUCCAGCCAGCGGCCCAGUCACAAGGGGCUGUUGUCACCUCUGGGCAGCCUGACGCCAACUCUACACCUGCAACUGCCCCCCAGUUCCUCGCCGAGAUUCAGUCAACUGUGGUCACCCCUACCGUUGUCACAUCCACAGCCCAAACUGCACCCGGACCUGAACAAACCACUUCAAUCAGCACUCAGAAGCCGACUGCAGGUAGUCAAACCCAGACCGCAGCUCCAGCACAGCCCGCUCAGACUCAUUAUGUGACGGCGGAAAUCCAAGGCUCUCCCACACAGUCUGGAAACGGACAAAGCGCUCCCCAGUACAUCGUUGUUACAGUUACAGAGGGUUCCCUUCACUCAAGCGACAGUGUAUCUGACUCCAGUUCCCCUCCAGCUGCCGUACAGACGGGAGUUCCCACGCAAGUCGUUCAACAGGUCCAAACAGCCCAGCAGAGGUCUGUAGUGCAGGCCACCUCGCAGAUAGCCAAGACCGAGCCUGGCACACAGCUCAGUGUCACUAGUCUACAGCCAGUUCAUAUCAGCCCAGAGGUCCAACAGCAGUUGACCCCGGUGCAAGUGCAACAUGUGUAUACCAAUCCAGUGCAGUAUGUGGAAGGAGGAGAUAGCAACUACACCACCAGCACUAUUCGCUCCGGCACCUUCCCUUACACUGACACAGCCCUGUACACCCAGACCACCGCUGCCCAGUAUUAUGAAGGUCAGCCAACAUCAGGCUCGCAGUCCUCCACCCCUGGUACACCUCUAACUGUCUCUGUGACCGCUGGCACAACAGGAGCUGUAUCCAUGUUUGUGGCUCAGCCUAGCAGUGCAGCAGGGGGAGGGGCAACAGUGGUGUCCACAGGUGGCACCGCAAAUGGGUCAGGGGAUGGGGCGGGCACUAAUGGUGGCACCACUGGAAGUUAUGUGAUCCAGGGUGGUUACAUGCUGGGCAGCAGCAGUAGCAGCGGCGGGGCAGCUGGCAACAGUCAGAGCUACUCCCACACCGCCCGCGCCUCCCCAGCCACUGUGAGUAUAACAGAGGGCGAGGAGAGUAGCGUGCCGUCGGCAGACAAGAAGGUACAGUGGUUGCUGGACAACUACGAGACCGCCGAAGGAGUCAGUCUGCCACGCUCGACCCUCUACUGCCACUACCUGCUGCAUUGUCAGGAGCAGAAAUUGGAGCCUGUUAAUGCAGCCUCUUUUGGGAAACUCAUUCGAUCUGUUUUUAUGGGGCUACGCACACGACGGCUUGGCACACGUGGUAAUUCUAAAUACCACUACUAUGGGCUAAGGAUCAAGGCAGGCUCUUCUCUUCUCCGCCUAAUGGAAGAUCAGCAACAUCUUGCUAUGAGGCAGCAGCCCUUCUCACAGAAACAAAGCACUCUCUCCCUGAUCCCUGCUCCUCCAAUCAGGUUGAAGCCUGUGCAUAAAGUGGAGGGAAUGACCAACGGGACGGCAUCAGGAGCAGGCCAGCAGCAAAUUCAGCAGCCGGGUUCUGGACAAGUGGACAUCAGCACCCAGGUUCAGCAGUACCAGCAGUUCCUUGAUGCGUCCAGGACACUCCCUGAGUUCCCAGACAUUGACCUUCAGGGAAAGCCUCCUCCAGAGGGUAUUGAACUGGAUCACAUUAAGAGCUUUCAGCUGCUCUACAGAGAACACUGUGAGGCCAUUCUGGACGUGAUGGUCAAUCUUCAGUUCACCCUGGUGGAGACCCUGUGGAAAAGCUUCUGGAGGUUCAGCCAGAGUCAGGCUGGUGAUGCCACACUGGCUGUUCACGACGAGUCAGAAAAGCGUCUCCCGAAGUCCUGCCUUGUGCUGCUGUGCAAGUAUGAGCCUGUGUUGCGCUGGAGCCGUGACUGUGACAACAGCCUGUACCAGGGCCUGGUGGAAAUCCUCAUCCCUGAUGUCCUUAGGCCAAUCCCCAGUGCCUUAACGCAAGCCAUCCGGAAUUUUGCCAAAAGCCUGGACAGCUGGCUGACUAAUGCAAUGAUGAACAUCCCAGAGGAAAUGGUCCGCAUCAAGGUAACAUCAGCCAAUGCAUUUGCCCAGACGCUACGUCGCUACACCAGUCUUAACCACCUUGCCCAGGCAGCUCGCGCUGUCCUCCAGAACACGGCCCAGAUCAACCAAAUGCUCUCUGACCUCAACCGCGUUGACUUUGCUAACGUUCAGGAGCAGGCUUCAUGGGUAUGCCGCUGCGAGGACCGUGUUGUCCAGCGACUGGAGCAGGACUUCAAGCUGACCCUCCAGCAGCAGAACUCUCUGGAGCAGUGGGCUGCCUGGCUGGAUGGGGUGGUGUCCCAGGUGUUAAAGCCCCACCAACACAGCCCUACCUUCCCCAAGGCUGCCAAGCUGUUCCUGCUCAAGUGGUCCUUUUACAGUUCCAUGGUGAUUCGGGACCUGACUUUGAGGAGUGCUGCCAGUUUUGGCUCCUUUCACCUGAUCCGCCUUCUGUAUGAUGAGUACAUGUACUACCUGAUAGAGCAUAGAGUAGCACAGGCUAAAGGAGAGACCCCCAUUGCCGUCAUGGGAGAGUUUGCCAGUUUAGGACGAGGUCUAAACAUGCUGGAUCCUGACAAAGAAGAGGAAGAGGAAGAAGAGGAGGAAAGCGAUGAGGAAAGUCAGGAGUUAUCCCUGCCGUCAGAUGCUGUCGUGUUAGGAGACGAGUCUUUGGAGCCUCCCGCCAAGCUGGCCAGAACGGACCAGAGGGUCCUCUUUGCUGCAGGGUCAGCGGAUAACUAACUAAAAGGAUUCUACAAAAAGAAGACGUGUACAUACGUACAGCAGCUUUUGUAAAUGUGCACAGUUUUGCUGCAUCCAUCCUGCUUGGUGUGAGUCUCUCACCACUGAUUACACACACAAUUAGCUGGCUACAGAGGUGCAAUGUGCAUUUUGACCUUCAGUUGUAUGGGUAUGAGUAGAGUAAAUUUGUCCAGUCACUGCAUUGGCACUUAAUUAAGAGCCUGGCUUCCUGUCUGUGAAACUUGUGGCUAGAUUCUAGUGUCUUUGCUGUAUAGACAAAUCCAUGAUGAACACACUGUGCUGUGUGUCUGCAAGCAAACUGGGCCUUGUUUGCCAAAUGUAGUUCAUUUUACAGGAAAGUGGAUAUUUUUAGUCUGUUUAUCCUUUGCGCGUGUAUGUGCCCCGUACGUGUAUUUGAAUGAAAGUGGAGCUCAAAGCUUUGAAUUUCAUUUAUUGUGAGAGACAUGUUCGAUUUGAUUGCAUUUGUGGGUACUAGGAGUGCCUGUCACAGCUGCUACACACCUGUACAGAUAAAGCUACAGCUGAGGACUCCCAUUAGUUGCUGCAAAAAUCUCAUGUCUGUGUGUGUCACAUAUUUAUGUUCCCAAGUGCUUCAUUUUCAUUUUAAUUUAAAACAUUACUGUGCCCUCCUUUUCCUCUCAUUUAGUUUUUCCAUGUCUGUGCCAAGCCUGUUUGUGUGUUGAUCUUUGUUUUAAAUGAUUUCUCUGUGCCUGAGUAAGAA